GAAGUGUUCUAGACUCUUUAUGCCCGUUUUGAAAGAAUUCAGAAGCUGAGAAAAGAGCUUGAAGAGGACCGCGUUUCUUGUCUUUUAUUUUCUCUUCUGUCUUCGUUUGCCGUCGCCUUAUGGCUGUUCGUCAGUGUUUUGGUUUUUCCUGACACCCGCGGAGUUUCCUUUCCACGAUGAACUACUGGACGUCUUGGCGACUACCACGGCCCUGCGCGAGGAAGGCGCCUCUCCAAGGGGGAGCAGCGAUUCGGCCGAAGAAAGCGUCCCAUGCACGAGGCGAAAGUGAACGAGAUGAGUCAGAAACCGCAACAAGUAUAAGUAGCGAAGCCUUCCUCACUCAUCCACCCAGAUGGGCCAUGACCUUGACGGCUGCCCGGGCAUCUCUGGGAAAUCAAGUUCUGCCACUUGCUGUGAAAAUGCCUGCAACUUGUGUGGACCUCAACGAGUGGCUAGCUGUAAAAACAUUUGACGUUUUCAACGAAGUCCAGUUGGUGUGGAGUUUGGUCAAAGACCAGUGCCAGUGUCGAGGCUUCACAGCUGGAGAACAUACGCUUCCCAGCGUUGAUGGUGAUACCAGCCAUACUGCGAAGGAACACGUGAGGCUGAUUUGUAUACAAUUGAGGAGCAUCUUGCAGGAUUCCAAAAUUUUUGUUAUUGAGCCAGGCGCCGCUUUCCCGGACGACUUCUCGCAGCACGUGAGCUUCAUCUUGGCUCAACUCAUGCAUAUCUACUGCCACAUCUACAGACAACAUUUUGAGUAUCUGGUAGAGACAGACACAGUGGCGUACGUAAAUUGCUGCUUCAAGCACGCUCUUCUCUUUGGAAACGAAUUCCAUCUGAUCACUGACGCAGACGUUGCUGCUGUGGCAAAUCUCGUGAAGAUCUUCCUCAAGCAAGCCCAGAGUGAGCAGCACCGAUCAUGCAACGCGACGAACUGGACCUCUCUUGAGGGGUGUGGAAGCGGAAGAGAUAGGGACCCUAAGUGUUCAUUGUCUCCGUACCACUCGAACUGCAUGCGAGAAAAAGAAGAGUUGCUUGUACCAGAAAGUCAGACAACAACAUCUGCAGAUGGACGCAGCGACAAAAGCCCGCGGAGCUCUCAGGCCAGUUUUUGAAUCCCCUUAAAUCAGAGUUUCUCUGUAGAUGCGUAUAUACGUAGACAUAUGUUGACGUGCAUGCAGAGGCGUAGACAGAAAGAUAGUUGUAUACAUGCACGGAUGUAUGUAUACAUGUACAUAUACAGGAGCGUAUGUGCAUACAUAUGUUUACCUGUGUACCUAAGAAUGCAUCUUUAUUGGGAGCAAGUUACUGCACGUUCAUAGACACACACGUGGGCGGAGGAAGGGAAGAAACGCAGAGCGACAGACACAUAUACCCGAGGUCGACACAUGCUCUUCCGUCCUUCCCUGACGCUGCUUUUCGAUCCUCUUGUCGCCUUGUUUCCGUAAAAAACUUUUUCCUUUGGCUUGCCGUUGACUAGCGAUUCGCGUCUUUUCCCUUGUCUCGCUUGGCUUUGUGCUCGCCGCUUCUCUAACUGGCACUCCUUUUUUUGUCGCCUUGACUAGGCCGCGCGCUUGUGUCGCGGUGCAGUUGACAUGCAGCCGUUGCAUAUGCCCGACGCUGCAUCGUCGAAAACCUGUGUGCUUGUUUCAUUCCGCGUAUACGGUACGUAAGCACCCAAACGCAGUUUUGAGCCUUCCAGACACGAUCCACGCGUUUGGCGCGCCGCGCAUGUCUGCGCAAGGGUGACAUCUCCUUGUCUUCACACUACAGUGUCUUAGCCGUCUCCAAAACUCCUGGGGUCUAGACGGCUCGUUGAGGGGAGGAAAAUUAGGGAAACCGAUAGUUCAUAUAGAGACAAAAGUGAUGCCGGCCGAAAGAAAAUGACGCCAGAUCGAGAGACAGGCUCUUCGCGUGUGCCUCUUCCGGACCCUGUCCUGUUCUUGUUUCUGCUAUUGUCUCGCCGCUCACAGGGCAAUACAUAUUCCAAUUCGAUUCUCGCGCCACUGACGAUAGGGAUUCACAAUUCUGUAAAACAUACAAUAGAGGACACGGAUACCACGAGGAAGAGGAACGUGGCAACCCAGCUGUCCCAAAGAGCUCCAUAAUUGUACCGGUAUGCACACAUCAACACCAAUGCCGAAGUGAACUUAUUAGCUCUUCGCGUUGACCGUAUAUAUAUAUAUAUAUAUAUAUAUAUAUAAAUAUAUGCAUACACAUGCAUGAAAACAUAUUUGCUAUUCUGUGUUUUCAUGUCGGAGUUCGCGCUAGCUGCGUGACCCUCCAGAGGUAGCCUCUGCAGCUGCACACCUACAAAGACAUGCAUUUUCCCUUUUGCCUUAAUCUCAGAUGUCAACUGACGGAUCGGUUUCAGCUGGGUUGAUGAUAGAAGCACAUGCCAACGAAAGGUCGAUUUACACACAAAAGAAAAAAUCAACUAAAGCCUUGACGGCUUCAGAGCAAAGCAUAUAGGAACCACAUAGCGAAUUCGUAGAUCGCCGAAACCUAGAGAUGCCGUCUACGGAAUAUAUCCGGGCGGGGACGCUCGGCGACGAGACGUUCUCCGUGAAACAAUACCCGAUACAGUGAUUUCGCUUCCUCGCCUUUUUCACGAGGGAACGACUGGAACCCUCAGUUACUCUGCGACGACUGGUAUAAGUAGAUGAAACAAAUAACACACACAGGACUCAUCAGUGCCGUGUUUUUUCGCAAAGGGCCAGCUGAUGCGCCAAACUGAAAGUGAUUUUCGCGGUUGAGGCCUCUGCUGACGCCGACGGCUUACCUCAGAAUCCGGGGCUGCUCGCUCCCUACGUCCAAAACUCGGUAAAUGUGGAAUUGGUCGCC